UCGACAGCCACCGACUUAUCUCUCUUUCAAGCUCAAUAAAAUCAAAUCACAUGUCCUCGACGAUGUGAGCACAGGAAGGCUGCCCUUGCUCUCUUGCAAGUGCCUCUAGCCCUUCCUCUGCACUCCAUUCUCACUCCUCUCCCAAUUCCGUAGUGAAUUGAAUAAGAAAAACACAAUCUUUAUCCCCUGUUUGAAUGAAAAUCCCCAGAAGAUUUUCCCCUGAAAAGUCUUAAGGAUCAGUUCCCGAGAGAGAAACGUCCAGAUCCCUUUUCGAAGCUCGUCGCUCGUGACCCUUUUGAUUCCUCGUAAGCCCACGAAGGGGGGGUCCUCAUCUCGGAUAUCCAAAGAUUCCGGGUUCUUGUGGUUGCUCGGAUCGUGUUUCGGUAUAUUGGGGGUGGGGGCGAAUUUGGAAGGACAGGAGUUUCCAGAAUGUCCAUUUUGCCGAAAAGCGAUUCUGUUGAGAUUAGGGAUGUUUGGGAUUACAAUCUGGAGGACGAGUUUUCCUUGAUUCGUGAGAUUGUAGAUGAUUAUCCCUACAUUGCGAUGGACACAGAGUUCCCCGGGAUGGUACUUCGCCCUGUUGGAAAUUUUAAGAGCAGCUCGGAGUAUAAUUACCAGACCCUUAAGGCCAAUGUUGAUCUUUUGAAGCUAAUCCAGUUGGGCCUGACCUUUGCGGAUGAGAAGGGGAAUCUCCCGACCUGCGGAACCGAUAAAUACUAUGUGUGGCAAUUCAAUUUCCGCGAGUUUAAUUUAAAUGAGGAUGUUUAUGCGCACGACUCAAUUGACUUGUUGUCUCAAAGUGGGAUCAACUUUAAGAAGAACAACGAGGUGGGCAUCGAUGCUAACCGCUUCAGCGAGCUAUUGAUGUCGUCUGGGAUAGUGUUGAAUGAUAGUGUUCACUGGGUCACAUUCCACAGCGGGUAUGACUUCGGGUACUUGCUUAAGGUGUUAACCUGCCAGAGUCUGCCGAGUACACAGUCCGGGUUCUUUGAUCUGAUUAAGAUGUACUUCCCCGUGCUUUACGAUAUCAAGCAUUUGAUGAAGUUUUGCAAUAGCCUUCAUGGGGGUUUGAAUAAGGUUGCUGAGUUGUUGGAAGUGGAACGGGUUGGUGUAUGUCAUCAAGCAGGUUCUGAUAGUUUGCUCACUUGCUGUACUUUCAUGAAACUGAAGGAGAAUUUCUUUAAUGGCUCGCCUGAGAAGUAUGCUGGGGUUUUGUAUGGACUUGGUGUUGAGAAUGGACAGAAUGGCUACUGAGAUGAGGAAAAAAAAAUUAUUUGAAAUAAAAAUUUAAAAUGUGAAAAUUUACUGCCA